AUGCAAGCGUCUGUGUUUUAUCCCGAGGACGUACCAGGCGUCCCUACAAGCUUGCUCGUCCUUCCCGCUAGUCCGUCGACCCUACGCGUCCAAGUGCAGCCUCCCAGUGGGAUCAAGCCCCUUGGAAGCAAUGGCGAUCCUGUUUUGGGUUACAAAAUCGAUGUCGCGACCCACGUUGCUGCCGUCCAAACGUUUUCGAUACAAUCACCCGACGGCCCCAUCACUGGUGGGUCGUAUCGUGUUUCGUUCACCAACUCCUUCGGCACCGCGACGUCUGCCUCAUGCAUUCCAUGGGACGCCACUAGCGACGUCUUUAGUAUGGCGUUGCAGUCCUUGACCAACAUCGACGGUGUCUUCGUCACCCGCUCUGCCUUCGGUGCAGUGCCUCAAGGCUAUGUUUACACCAUCACAUUUACUGGCGCCGUGUUGGCCAACGGCGCUCAAAACCAGCUUGUAUCUGGGAGUGCGACCACAUGCUCUCCGUUCCUGCCUCCGAAUCAUCGCGUGACGCUCGCUGGUGCCCAAAGCACCACCGCGGGCAACGUUGGGUUCGUGCCCGAAGUGUGGCAACUAACGACCUCCGAAUCCUCCCUCUUACAAGGCAUCAGUGGCACGUUCGAUCUGUCAGUGGGCUUUGAAGGUGUCAUGACGAGCCUCGGAAAGGUUGUCAGUGUCAACGCUGGUGCCAAAUUUGCCACAACAACAGUGGCCAACUCGUUGGUUGGCGUCGUGAGCCGAGGCGAAGUGAUUUCGAUCGGUGGCGAGCGAUUCCGAGUCCACGCCACUGCUCCGUUCACGGACACCGUGGUGCCGCUGGACUCGAAACACAUUCGAGGUGCGAACAACGUGGCCGUGUUCGGAAUGGACACAAUCGUGGGGCGGGUGUCUGUGGUGCAGGGCAACCCAGUUGCCACCACUGCCGCAGACUACACGGGAGUCCUUGCAGUCGGCGAUUCCAUUCAAGUAGCAGGGGUCGAAUUCACGGUGAACGCCAUCAUCGCCACAGAAGUGACGUUCGGCCUGGUCUCCGACGCCACCACGACGUCCAACUGGCCAACCACUUCGGACACGCACGUGACGUUAUUGAAGCGAAAGAAGGCGACUUUCAAAGCGGAUGCCGAUCCGUCUGAGGUGGUGGCAGGAUUGCAGAGCCUGCCAGGUGUAGGAUCGGUGCAAGUGACCCGCGUCGGCCCCACCGCCCAACGCGGCUACCAGUGGCUCAUGACGUUCUUGUCCCUCGGACCAACGACCUGUCCCCACUCUCCGUGUCUUCGGCUGGACGCACACUUGGUCAACGAGUACGCCGCGGCAUGUAUCACGUGUAGCGCGGCACUUGUGCGCGUUCGCGCUGGUGUGCUUCCCGACUUCUCGCGGCUCCUUGGGUCAACAGAAAUCGGAGGUGCUGUGCUGGAAGUGCAGUCCAUUGUCGUGUCUGGUGCAUCCCCAGACGUCGCGGUCGUACCGCUUGGCGGGUACUUUUACAUUGACUUCCAAUCGUACUACCAGUCUCCAGCUUCUACCGGCGUGCUCGUCAAGUUCGACGACACCGCAGACGACGUGACCACCAAAUUGCAAUCCUUGCCCACAAUCGGCACCGUGACUGUCACACGCACCGUUAUCGGUACUGGCUUCCAGUGGUUGGUGACGUUUGUGUCGAAUAUGGGAGACCAGCCGUUGCUGACUGUAAACGGAGGGCUUCUCAUUGGAACCAAUGCAGCCGUGGCGGUGGUGGAGGUCACCAAGGGCGUGGCGCCGCAGUUCGAAGCCGUUCUUGCCGGAUUACCAUCGAGCACGUCGCUGAUUGUUCGAGCGUUUGCUAAAAACGCCAAGGGGUACGGGGCUAGCUCCGACACGAUGCAGCAAUAUGGUCGCGGGGCGUCGAGCUUGGCCACAAAAUUGCUCGACACGCCAGCCGCCCCCUCGAUUUCCAAGAUUUGGCCCGUGUCGUUUUCACAGCUUGGCAUUUCGUUUACGCCUUCAGAUGCGGCGGGGGGAACGAUCAAAACCUUCCGACUGGAGGCGACCCCCGACGCCGCGUUCGGCGUCCCCCACGUCAUUGCGAUCGAUAUCUCGAACCCUGUCCCAAACGACACGUAUGGGACGUUUCAAUUGACAUACGGCGGACGCACGACCCAGCUGUUGACGAGCGACGCUUCGGCGGCGACGGUCCAGGCGGCCAUCAACGCAAUGCCCAACCUUCGACCUGUUUCAGUGACCCGAUCGCUAUAUGUGUUCUUGGGCACGGUCGCGAGUCAAGUGACCGCGUAUUCUGCGACCUUGACCACACUCACGACCACCGCGCUGUCCCAAGCCCACGUCUCGCUGUUGCCCGUGGGAGCUCGCGUAAUGGUCAAUCUGGCCGAGUUUACCGUCGCCGUCGUCCCUAGUGUGGGAGCCACCACGGUCAAGGUGACGCCCGUCGUUGCAACCACAACCAACUUUGCUGGGUUGUUUUCCAUGCUCCGUACCGACAGUUCUGGGGCGUUAGCAGGUUCGUUUGGGUACCGCUGGCAGGUAACUUUUUCGGACGAGCCGUUCGGGAUUGACAUGCUCACGGCCGACAAGUGGGCCGUCACAUCGUCCACGUUGGCGUCCGUCGCGGGGUCUGGCAGCUUGCUUUCGUCCUACGCCAUCACCACGGUAACCGCCCCCACUGGCCCCACGCACUACGCGCCCCUUGAGCUCAGCACCGAGCCGUGGUGCAACACUUACGUGGUAGGCACGUCAUCCCCUACUCAAGUGGUCGAGUUCUUUGCUUCUACGACCAUCACGGCUGGAUCGUUCGCACUCACGUUGGGCCAAGAAACGACGGCUUGUAUUUCAUUCGACGCGCCAGCAAGUGGCACUCCGACGUCUGUAAAAUCGCGUCUCGAAGCUCUCGAUGCCGUCAACACAGUGUCUGUCGAGGACCUGAUCAAGUUCAAAACCAUGCUGCUUCCUGGCUCGGCCACGUCAAAGGUGACGACGUACGACAGCGUGGCCAGCGUGCUGACGCUCGGCGUCGGCGGACUCACGCAGGCCCAAGCCGAUGCGCUGCCAGUCGGCACGCUCAUCCGCGUAGCUAAGAGCCCAUGGGACGUCUACCAAGACUACUGCGACUUUUCCGUGGGGACCGCCGCCGCCUUGAACGACGUGACGCUCGCCGUCAAUCUGAUCAAUCCCACCACGACCACUUGCGCUUCGUUCAGUGGAGACGCCCGAACGUUAGCUAUUUUCGACAUGAAGGGGUACCGGAUUGUGUUUCAAGGCGACCACUCGACUGGAAAGUGGCCGACGCUACGAGUCUCGACCGCUGGCACAGCUCCAUGUGCCGCAUUUUCCCCCGUGGUGCCAAUUCGAAGUCGUGUGCAAACCAUCAAGUACGAAGGGGCGUGUGCCGCGGGCAGUCCGGAAGUGCAGACGGUGAUCGCAGACGCUGAUUCAGCCAUGGGGGGUACGUUCACGCUGUCGUACCGAGGCCAGGUAACCCCGCCAUUGGGGGUCGCAUCUGUUUCCGUUAACGCCAUGCGUGCUGCCGUCCAAGCGUUGAUGCCGACAUCGACGGCGGUGUCGGUGACCACGAACCAGCACAACACGUUCGGCCGCGCAUGGCAGAUCACAUUUUCCGCCGCCGCGGACGACACCAUCGACGUAUUCGUGCUGGACGACUCGUUCGUCACGGGCAUGAGCUCGGAAAUGCACCUAUACCCGGCCGUGGAGUUUGUAUCGACGUCGCAGGCCAACUCGUUGCGGGGGUCGUUUACGAUUGCCUUGGGUGGCGAAGUCACGGGGGCCCUGGGGUGUGCCGCUACUUUGGGCAAAGUCAUCCAAGCGCUAGAAAGCCUCAACUCGAUCUACACGGUUUUGCCCGUCGCAAACUCCGCGUCAGAUCCUAAUCAAGUGGGAUUCACCCAACUCGCACUCACCGUCACGGCCACCGCUGGGUCCAACGUGUUGACAGUCGUCAAGUACCAAGGAGCGGCCAUUGACCCGAGUUUGUAUGUGGCGAUUGGCGACCGGAUUACCGUCGGAGCCGAACCCCACGUCGUGAUCGGGGUCUCGUCCGGCGACAUCACGCUGGACCAGAAUAUGGUCGCAGGGGGGGCCAAUGUUAAUGCGAACGCGGGGCUGCUGCUGUCGUCGACGACGCCGGCGGACGGGGUGGCGUCCACGCUGACUCCCACGGCUUCGAUCGUGACGGCAACCGUCGGCUCGCCUACUAUCGUGCUGGCUACUGGGCACGGCUGGGUCUUGAACGACGUUGUAUCGAUUGGAACGUCGAGUUACUCAGUGCUUGCAGUCAAUAUGGACGGGGUGACGGUCACUCUUGCGUCAAACUAUGCCGGCCCAGCCAUCGUGGCAUCGGUGCCGGUGGUUUUCGGUAUCAAAAACACCCUUUUGACCACCGCAGACUUGGGAUUAGCGGCUGGGGACAAAGUCUGGUACACGUGGACCGACGGGUCGACCAGCGAGUUCUUGGUCGUGACCUCAUCCCCCAGGCGACUGACGGUUACUGGGGUGCUGAAAGAGGCGAUUUUCAUGGGCACGUUGCGCGUCAAUGGUGGAGGAUUCCGAUACCCGAUUGUGUUUAAGUCCAUUUCGAGCGAUCUUGCUACGAUUGAUGCGUACCCCAACCCUGACUGGAGCGGCUACGCUGCUCGUUUGAAGACCAUUCGACCGCAGCUAGUGCAGCCCUACACGUUCACACUGGGCAAUCCGUCUCAAAUCCAAACGGUCAAGUUGAGUGCAAGCACAGCCGGGGCGGUGGGCACGGGGGGGACGUACACACUGUCCUUUCGCGGAGAAACCACCGCACCGAUUGCAUGGGCUGCAACGCCCGCCGCGAUCAAAGCCGCCCUGGAACUCCUCACUGUCAUUAACGGUGUGUCUGUGACGUCGCUGGCGCUGGGCAACGGAUUCAUGCACACUCUGACCCUGUGGGGCUGGAAUUACGACAUCCGGUACCUGCCAUUGCUCACGUCAGCCUUUCAAGUCGGCGCGGGUGGAGACGCCACUCAGAUUUCCAUUGUUCACCACGUGAUGCAACCUACAUACCCGUACACGCCGAGCUGGCCGCAAUACACGAGUUUAAGCGCGGCAACCCCCUACAUCCUUCGAGUGGUCGCAAAGAACGAAGUCGGAUUUGGAUUGUCCAGCGCGUUGACGACGGCAUCGACCGCCAUGACCGCCGUCCUCCCGUCGCCCCCUCGAGGGGUCACCUUGGGCAACUCGCACGGCGUCGACUGGCUUGGAGUUACGUACACGGCUCCAAAAUACAAUGGCGGGGCUGCCAUCAACAUGUACCGCAUCGAGUGGGAUGCGUCCUCCGAGUUUGACAGUACCGGUCCCGACUUUCAUUACCAAAUCGUUCAACAACAAUUCGAAGUGCAAGAAGUUCUGUCGAGUUUCAGAAGUGCGGUGGGCCAAGGGGGUACGUUCACACUGGCGUUUGGAGGGUUCACGACCAACCCGAUGCCGGCGGCGUGCACGGCGGCUCAAAUGACUGCCGAACUGACGUCCAUCACGGGCAAUGUCAAGACGGAAGGGUCUCCUAUCAAAGUGACACGCACGGCUGUCGGAUGGGGCUACUCUUGGAAAGUCACGUUCAUGGCCAACUUGGGCAACCUCGCCCGGCUCCGCGUCGAUGCGAGCAUGCUGCAAGGCGACUUUGCCCAGGUGGCGGUGCGCGAAAUCACGCCAGGCGUCCAAGACAUUGUCCCGGGGGACUUCACGUACGAAGUGCAAGACAUUUACACGAGCGCGGCGUCGCCAUUGGCAGGGACGUUUGUGCUGUCGUUUCAUGGCGUGUUCACAUCGCCCAUCUCCGUGUCGGCCACCGCGUUGGAAAUGCAACGGGCGCUCCAAGCGUUGACCACCAUCUACUCGGCAAAAGUUACGAAAACGGUCCUGAGUCCGGCGCUUCAGACGGCCGUGUGGUCUGUCACAUUUGCCCACGUGGAAAACAACGUGCUGGUGGGAUCAGGCAACAUUUUCCGCAUGAUCGUCGAGUCCACGGCGCUCACCAGCGGGACGUUGGGCAGCGUGGCAGUGGCCGAGCGAGUGAAAGGCACGAAUCCGUUCCAAUUCCGCGCCACGGGGCUCGUCACAGGCACGACCUACUACGUUCGAGUGAUGGCGUACAACUCGCAAGGGUUUGGGUCCAACUCGUCGCCGUUCGCUGCAGGGGUCCCCCGGACUCAGCCGGGGCCGCCAUCAAACGUCGUCACAAACGUGCAAGACAGCACAACACUCCACGUGGCUUGGGGGCCGCCGAGCGUCACUGGCGGGGCGCUAGUCGACCAAUACAAAGUCGAAUGGUUCCGGGCCCCAGGUCUCCCUGUCGAACAAACGAUUACAACGUCAGCCACACGGGGUAUUCAAGAGAUCCAACAAAUCACCAGUUUUGCAAGUACACCGAGUUUGGGCGGGCACUUCAAGCUCACGUAUCAAGGCUACACCACCGCCAACAUUGCUUGGAAUGCGCUGGCCACUGGUGCAGGGUCCGUGAAGGAACGCCUGGAGCGUAUUCCCACACUCGGCGCGGUGUACGUGUCUCGCACGACGUCGCUCACGACCGUCGCAAACCUGUACGUAAUUCUGGCGACGACCACCACCGCUGUCGCGCAGGCCCCGAUCACUGAUGUGGCCACAUGCUGUGGAUUUGCCAUUGGAAAUACAUUGGUUGUGGCAGGCCAGACGCGCACGAUUGCUGGCCUCGCAGCCGGCGGCACCACCAUCACGUUGAGUGCGGAUGCCGCCACCACCACCGUACCCGUGCAAGUGUACCGCAGUGCCAAUGGAUUUCAAUGGACCAUCACGUUUGGUCCCAUGCAUGUGGGCGACGUGCUACCUUUGAUAGUCACGCCUAGCGACAAUUGGGGCGGUAGUUCCCCCGGAAUUUACGUGUCCACGGUCCAAGAUGGCAUCGCUCCGAUCGGCGGCACGUUCCGUCUGACAGUUCCGCUGUCUGUGAAUGGCGUGAUCAUGUCGGAACAGACGCCGGCCUUGCCGUUUGACAUUUCGGGUGCAGACAUGAAAGUCGCCCUGGAAUCCCUCUCUACGGUGUCUGUCGUCGACGUCACGCGCAGUGUCAACGGGUAUGGGUUCAACUGGUUUGUCAAAUUCUCCAGUGAAUCUGCCACAGACGUACAGCUGAUCGCACUGGAUGGCGAAGGCCUGACCGGGCCAAGUGUAGCCAUCGCAGCGUCCAUCACGCAGCCUGGCACCUCGCCAACCUUGUACUGCGAAGCCAGUGGCGUUGCAGGCACUUGCCACGGCGUCUCCGCCACCUUGGGGCUGUCGGAUGCGAUUCCGCAGCUAGUGACUGGCGUGCCGUAUAUGACACGCGUACGCGCGCACAACAUCGAAGGAUGGGGGCUUGCGGCGUGGGGCCAGCCACAGUACGAAAUUCCGCGCGGGGUGCCAUCGGCCCCUCGGAACGUGCAGCUCAUGAGCCUCUCCAGCACCCAGCUCAAAGUGGUGUGGACGACGCCGUCCUCUUCAGGUGGGUCGUUGGUGUCAUCGUUUCGGAUUGAAUGGGACACGACGGCCACGUUUGCCAACAUCGGUGUCCCGGGCUUUGAUUACUUCAACAUAUUUGCCGUUCCUGCGGGGAACCUCGGCCCGUACUACUUCAACAUCCCCGUGAGCGUGAGUGCCACGUACUUUGUGCGCGUUUUCGCAAGCAACGACAGGGGUCUCAGUCCCCCCGCAGGUUCCGUCCCCUCCUCGUUGCAACCCAACAACAUGCCACCGGGGACACCUCAAUCGCCCAAGCUGGUAGUGCUCAGCUCCACUGGGUACCUCGUCUCGUGGUUGCCACCGUCUACCGCCUUGACUGUCUUUGGAGGCCCUGGCGGACUCCCUAUCACGCAAUACAUGGUCGAAUGGGACACGGCGUCAACGUUUGACUCGCCCGCGUCGUACGCGAUGGUUGCGGGCGAUCAGUCCGAAUUCAUCAUCGGGGGGCGCAAUGUGCUCACGGGGGUGCAGUCCUCAGUGCUGACCCCCGGGGGAACGUACUUUGUGCGUGUCACGGCGUUCAACGGUCUGGGUGCGAGCCCCACCGCCGCGACGGUGCCGCCGUCGCUUCUUUUGGCAAACCAGUUGCCAUGGGUGCCCCAAGCCUUGACCCUGACAGACGUGAGCGCGUCGUCCGUGUUGGGCCAAUGGACGACGCCCAAGUACGACGGCGGCCUGUCGGUGCGAAAAUACACGUUUCAGUACGAUCAGCAAAGCGACUACAUGAGUGGGUCCAUGCAAUCUGUGGACGUUCCCAUCGUCCACGAAGUGCAAACGCUGUGGCUGGCCACAGACCCCAUCAGCGAAGAGCAAAAUAUUGAAGCCACGGUGCAAGUAACAAACGAACGGCAGACGGUGCGCACCACUGUGACAGGCGUCGACGAGGUCCAGGUCGUCACCACGUCAUGCGACAACGUUGUUGACGAAGUGCAGACGAUCACAACCACUGCGACAGAUCGCAACGAAGUGCAAACGAUCGUGUUGGACGGUACUGACGUCAACGAAGUGCAGGCGGUGCGCACGACGCUGGUCAACUCGGCCGAAGUACAAACUAUCACAAUUGGGGUCGUGCGGGUGUUUGAAGUGCAGUCGUUUACGUUGGGGUUUACAGGCAUCACGACGCCCGCGAGCAUCACAGGGGACUUAAUUUUGGGUCUGGAUACCAUGCUGUGUACGUUUUGCACGGUGCAGAUGGUCCUGCAGCCUGUCACGGUGACCACGGCGAUUGUCGACCCCAUCGACACGUCCGGAGCAUCCAAGAUGGAGCUGCUGCUGGCAUCUCUAGCCAACGUGGACGUCGUGACGGUGACGAGAUUGACCACCGUCGACACUCUGGCGAACACGCUGACGAUGGUGUUCACCGUGACAUUUUCGGGGGUCGAAGUCGCCGGGAAUGUCCCUGCCAUGACAUUACAGAGCUCGCUAGCGCCGUUGAUACCCCUCACGAGCGUCCAAACUGUAGCCACCGAAGUGCAAGCGGGGAGCCAGCCAGUGUACAACGCAGCGUCGCAGUUCAAGUUGUACUAUACUUGCGAGCAGUAUUCGGAUCCGACGCAGAAGAUCGGCCUCUUCGCAGGCAUAAGUGCAGGCUGUCAGCCGACGACCCAGCUCUGUGCCACGUGUGCUACCAGUUUCGAUGGCACGGACGUCACGGUCAACAUGGACUUGACGGCUGCGGUGGCGGUGGGCGCGGUGCUUCAAAUUGGACCGUGUGUGUACGGCAUCGCAUCUCGCACAGCGACCAAGCUGACUGUGGACACGACAAACGUCGGCAAGUUCUGUUCGCCGUUCAUCGGCAAAGCCCUACCCGUGUACAUCGCUCAAGUAUACCCCGCUAUUACAAACUUGGUCAUUCGACGUGGAUCGGGCAGCAUGGACUACCCUGAACAAGACUCGGUCAUCGCCGGGCAAUUUCUCAACACGCUGGGCAAAUCUGUGACAGUGGUCGGCAACAUCUUGGUGACCAACACGUUUGUCGGGUCGACGUACGCCGUCACGUUUUCCAGCCACACGGGCACCAUUCCUCUCUUGAAGUGCGACGUGACGUCCAUGGCCAUUUCCAGCGGCACGCGCAGCUGCACCGUAGCCCGCACGGCUGUGGGAAGCAUGAUCUACGGGUCAUUCGUCAUGUCGUUGGCGCGAAUGUCCGACGGAGUGGUCUUCCCCACCACAGCCCUUCCGUUCGACGUGUCCGAGGCCGACCUCACCACCGCGUUGCAAGCCGUGGGGUCCGCUGCGGAAUGGGUCUUUGGUACGGUGGCCGUGACCCGGAAUGCGUUCCCCAUCACGGGCAGUUCGAGGUGGUAUGGCGGGUACACGUGGCAGAUCACGUUCUUGUCUCGCGGGUGGAACAUCCCGACUCUCACCGUGGACAGCACGCUCCUGUUGAACGCCCAAGCCGCGACGCCCGUGCCUGUGGUCCUCGUAGAAGACGGAAGCAACUUGAUGACCCCGCCUGCAGGCAGUGUGCAUGGCAACCAAAUCGGCGGCAGUUUUCUGCUGUCGUAUAACGGCGUCGCCGCCACCGCGCCGUGCGUCCUGGGGACCAACACGGACGCCACGAGUUUAACCACGGGGCCGACGAAUCCAGAUACGCUGUUGGAAACGUACUUGAAGGCCCAAUUUGGGUUUGCGUCCAUUUCCGUGUACCGAUCGCUGCCAACGCAGGCGAGGGGUUUCACGUGGUUCGUCACGUUUGUGGACAAGGACACAGGGGGCGAUGUGCCCCCGCUCGUGAUUGUGUCCAGCGCGGGUCUCACGGGCACGGGCGUCACCUUGACAAAUAAUGAACUGGUCAAAGGCAACCAAAUCAGUGGCACGUUCCAGCUGCAGUACAACGGACAAACCACCGGCCCGAUCUUGUACUCUGCGUCGGACGCAGAAGUGGCCGAGCAGAUCAACAGUUUAGAUUCGAUUCGGCCGUCUACGGUGGUCGUCACGCGCACUGGACCAUAUGGGCCAUCGACCGGUGUAGCCGACGUCACGACUCAAGUUCUGGGCUACCAAUGGUCGGUCACGUUCCGCUCUUCCGUGUGGAAAGAUCCAACGUCCGACCACAGCGUCAUGACCCCCGGAAACUGGAUUGGGCCUCCUGCUUCGUGGACCGACGUGUGGGAAACGGGGUAUUCCAAGGCAUGGGGGAGGCAAGUCGGCCCUCUCACGGCGAUGGGGCUGCAGAUCGCGUGCUUGCCACAGGCCCUGACGAGCUCCGACGGAAGUGCCUCCUGUUCCGUGGUAACGGCCACGCCAGGCGUCGGGCCUCUCAAAGGCACGUUUCGCCUUCAGCUGGAUUCGGGGUUGAAUCCGUACAUGAAACAAGGUGUGGCUCAAAGCGUGGCCAUUGCACACAACGCGUGGGGGAGCGCCGUGCAAAGUCGAUCGUCGGGGACGUCCAUGGAAGAAAUCCUAGAGGGCAUGCUGAACAUUGGCAAUGUCGCUGUGACGCGAGGCUCAGUGAACGUCUUGACGGGCGGGUACGCGUGGACCAUUACGUUUCUGAACGACAAGGAGCCGUGUGUCGAGCACGAUUCGUUGACCGGGCAAUGCAACUCCCCCGGCAACGUACCCCCCCUCACAGUUUUCGCCAACACUUUAAUCGCGUCGAACCCGGCCAUCACCAUCUGCGAGGCGUCGACGACCAACUGCGGCGUGAACGCCGACGGUGUGAUCUUACGCAGCGACUUGAGCGUAUUUAAAGUUACGGGGGACCCCGGGGUGGAGCACCGGUUUCUACUGGACGUGACGUGUCAAGGCGCCACGGGGGGAUCUACAUGUGCCGCUCUCGUCGGUGGCUUUGUCAUCAACACCCCCUCUCCGGCCUUGGCUACAACGCUACUGGCAGGCGAUCGAUUUUUCCUCGUCGGGUACAGCACGUGCGUGUUUACGGUGCUGUCGAUAACCCCAACCUUCCUGGAUGUGGUCAACCAAGCGUGUGUUCCCAUGCAAACAGUCUUGACGGGGGGUCCCUUCCCUCUGACAAUUGUCUUGCCGUGGAACGCCCAGGAGAACCAGGUGCUGCGAGUGGUGCAGGCAGCGUCCGACACUUCGUUGGAGACCGGCCUGUGGUCUGGGGGGCGAAAGAUCAGCGUCCAAAAGACCGUGAUUGGAAAGUACGGCGCCGUGUCGUGGCUCAUCCGGUUCAUUGCAAACCCGGGGAUGACCCCUCCCGGCGCGGGCAACAUCAACCCCCUCGACGUGCAAUUUCUCACCACCCCCGCGUGUGCGUGCACGGUCACCGUGAUGGAGACGCAAGCAGGGUCGAUCCCGUUGAGCGGCGACUUCACCGUCGACUACCACUCGGUGUAUGGGCCACGGACGGUGCACUUCGACUCAAGUCCUGAAAGGUUGGAACGGAUGCUAAACGAAAUGAACACUCUGGGAAUGGUCCGCGUAACCAAGUUCAACAUCCCGUCGGCAUCCACAGGAUGUUCGUCGUCCACGUGCGCAGGUGGAUGGGAUAACCUGCCUGUUGAGAACGAUGGCACACGGGGGGGGUACCGCUGGAGGGUCCGGUUUCUCAAGAACCCUGGCGACUACAACGGAUUCACGUACCCCCCAGGAACCGGCGACAUGAAUACGUUGACCGUGGCCAUUCCAAACCUCGUUGGCGCGUCCAAAUCGGUCGACAUGUUUGUGACGCAGCAAGGGCAGACCCCGCUGACGGGAUCGUUCACAUUGACACACUCGGGGGUGUCCACGCCACCAAUUGCGUACGCGGGCUCUGCGUCCAUGAUUGAACAAGCUCUGGAAACCCUCCCGGACAUCAGUCAUGUCACGAUGACCCAGGACGUUUUGACGUACUACGCCGUGCCAGGCGCGUCCGCCAACAUUUUGCAGGACGCCACCACGGCGACCGUCUCCGGCGCCGACAUUCGACAGUACUUCACCGCGGGGGACUUCAUCCGAUUCGGCCCUCCGACCGCGGGGGCGCUGGUUGGCAGCAAUGGCGACGUGCCCGUCACUGGUGCCCUUUCAACGUCGCGAGUACUUGUGCAAACGUUGUCGCCGUUGGUCGUGUCGGACUCGACCCUGACGGCACUGGUGUAUCCUGGACACCAACUUCGGCUUGGGGGAUCCGUUUAUUCCGUCGUGCGUACGGGCGUCGAAGUGCAAAAGCUCACCACAAGCCUUCCGACCGCCUCCUGGUCUGUCGCGAACAUCGGCAUUCCGUUUUUUAAAGUCACGAUGCAGUAUCGAGGCAGCACGGCCACGUCGAUUAGUUGUUUGCCAAUCCAAAUCACCAAUUUAGGGACGGUUUUGAGUGGGUUGGUCACGACAAUGGAUGGUACGGCUGCAUCGAACUCAGUCACUGUUACACAAAGUCCUGUGACCGUGGUCGGCGCCGUGUCGAGUUUUGUGUAUUCCAUCUACUUUGGCGGGUCGUCAGUCGUGGGGGAUGUCCCGCAAUUGACGACGACUUUGUGCCCGACGGCUUUGACUGGGGGGACGGUGGCAGUGCAAACCCUCGUCCAAGGUGGCCGUGUUGCUCAGCAACGAGUGAUGCUGUCCACCGAUUCAGGCAUCAUCGUCGACAGUGCAGGGUACUACAAGUUGCAACUUGGUGGCGCCACCACUGCCUGUAUCAAGUGGGGCGACUCGAGCGACGCCGUUCAGUCGGCGCUGAAUGCCGUGCUCCCCGACUCGGUCGUAGUGUCGUUACAAGGAAGUGGCGCGUCUGCGACGGAACUUCAGCAGCUCGUGCUGACAUCCAAUGCCCCCGUCGUCAACGGAUUGCAAGGUUUGUUUCGGCUGGCGUUUAAGAACAAUGGUGCGACUGCCACGACGGGAUGCUUGAACUAUGGAUUAUCUGCCAGUGCGCUUCAAACUGCUUUGAAUGGCCUGUCGAAUGUCAUGACAGGUCACAUUGUUGUGACGAGAACUGGAGACGGAACGGCGGCGUGGGGGUACGGGUUCCAGUAUCAAAUUGCGUUUUCCGGCAACUUGCACGUUGGAACGAGCAAUGUCUUGGGCAACGUCCAUCAGCUGGACAUCUUUUCCGUCGGCCAAGACAUGUGUGCGCCUCUUGUCACGGGCUUGCCGUCGAUUCAAGUGAAAACAAUUCGAGGAGGCAAACCGGGUUUCAGUUACGACGUGUUCUUCGUGGGGAAAACGUUUGGCCUUGUGGACCCUUUGACCCUAGUGCAAGAAGGAACGUGCACGGGACUGUGGACCCAAGUGGGGGGCAGUUCGCGACGCAUUGAGGUCCAAGUGAUCGACACUGGCAGCAGUCCUGAAAUUCAAGAUCUCGUCGUCCAAGACAGCACCACAGCAAUUACUGGCACCCCCUCGUUCAAACUGAGCUACAUGGGGGUCACCACAGCUGCGUGCAUUCCGUUCAACGCUGGGGCGUCUGCUAUUCAAGCGGCACUAAUUGGAUUGUCCACGAUUGGAGCGGGUGGGGUGCUGGUCUCGCAAGACACCCCUCCCCUUCGAGCCCCCAAUGGGUUCCUCAAUCGAAUUACGUUUGUGGGCGACACGGUGGCAGGGAAUGUCAACUCGAUUUCUGUCGUGUACACGGGAUGCACUGCGUUUGCAGCCACGUCGUCCGUGACAGUCGUGACGCGGCAAGAUGGCGGAGGCACGGGCAACAAGAUCGCGCUGUCCACUCAAUACUCUGGCGAUCAAGUGGGCUCGAUUGUGGCGUACGCAGUGUCGCAGACGUUCCGCGUCCUCGACGAGAAAUUCCAAGUUGAUCAGAUCGUCGUGUCGAAUCCGAACAACGACAUUGCCGCCCCUGGCACAUACACAUUAACGUUGGGCGGCGUGACUACCGCGGUGCUGUGGAAUGCCCAAGACACGGAAAUGGAAGUGGCGUUCGGAACGGGGCUCGGGGUGGUGGGGGGCGUCACCGUCACCCGUCGCACUGACGCCACCGUCGCCCCGGGGGGGUUUGUCUACACGAUCUACUAUUUGCAAUCCCUCGGGUCGUUGGGCGCGUUGACUCAAGCCAACACGUUUACGACUGCAACCGUUGCGAUUACCAACUCCCGCGCAGGCUCCAACACGAACUUAUUCACGUCGUCCGUCGUGCCGCUUGCGCUGGUGACGGAUUCGACCACCCCCGCCUCAUUUGUGGGCGCAGGCACGGGCUUGUCAGUGUUCAAAGCCAACGGAUUUCAAUGGUCGGUUCUUUUCGACUCGAACAUUGGCAACGUGCCUGCGCUUGGGGGUCAAUCGUCGUCCGGGCUUCCCGUCACUGUCUACGACGACUUUAUCCAGGGGUCGUUGUCGAACAGCGUCACCGUGACUGAUUUGGUGCCUGGGAUUCCGUACUACAUGGAAGUGUCUGCCUCUACUGCCAUCGGACAAAGCGCCUUCUCGGCCUCCGCUGCCAUCAUUCCAAGCAGCGUCGCCACAUCGCCCCGUAACUUCGUCGCAGGGUACGACCUCUUUGUCAGUGAGAUCCAAGUUGUGAAAACGGCCGCGCGGCAUGUUCUCGAAGUGCAAACAGUCACGACCACGGCGGCCGUGAUCUCGGAGGUGCAAACUCUGACCACCACCGCCGGCCAAUGCAACAACUGCCUCACAGGCAACAUCGCGUACCGCCAACCCACCGUUCAAGUCGUGUCGAUCUCGGCGUUGGCCCCCAUUCUUGGCGGGACCUUCCAACUCGUGUACACGGACACCGCCGCGUCCGGCACGGGUACCUUUACUCACACCAUGUACACCACGACCACCCUCGGAUGGAGUUCCACGGCAGCGCAAGUGGCAGCGGCUCUCGUAGCGACGACAGCGUUUGGGUCGUCCGACAUCGUCGUGACGCGGGAAGGCGACGCCACCGUCGGAUACAAUUACGGAUAUGUGUUUUCCAUCACGUUUGUGGGAAAUGCAGUGGCGGGCGAGGUGCUGCCGCUGAUCCUGCGCGACACGACCACGACGCCAGCGUGUGGAACGUGCACAGCCUUUACGACCCUUGGGGGCGUCGGGUAUACGUUGAGCCAGUCGCAGAACGUCCGAAGCGCCAUGGGUACAGACACUGCGGUCCAACGAGUGAUCGUAAAAGCCGACCAAGUGCUCUUCACAGGCGGGUACCAGUUGUCCCUCACCAACGCCGGAGCAGCGCAACAAUCCGGUUGCAUACCAUUCAAUACAGCAGCGGCCGAUUUAGAAACCCUCUUGCAAGCGAUGCCCAACAUUGAUAAAGUGUACGUGGAGCGAAGUCUAGACGCCGUGGUCGCGCCCAACGGCUACAUCUUUGACCUGUUCUUCUAUGGCCAAGGCGUAACUCGGUACCACAUCCCGGCGUUGGUCGUGACGAUGGGGUGUACUGCGUUUCAAACGCUGGCCAACAACGUUCUAAGCACGGCUGGAGUCAACGCCGCCGUGACGGUAACAUAUGUCCAUGAGAACGCGUUUGCCGAUCCCACCGGGUUCCGGUCCGCCGCCAGCACACCCGCCCAACUGCAGGCAGAUCUGACGCGGUUACCCAUCGUCGGGUCGGCGCUCUACGUGUCGCGGUCCCUCCAGGACAACCAGGGGGGCUUCAAGUGGACCAUCGUGUUUGACCAGGAGGAUGGCAACGUCCCCUUGUUCAUAUGCGGGUCAGACGCUGCCUUCCAAGCGGUUGUGGGGUCCCAGUGCUCGGUGGAAUCUGUCAUUGAUGGCAAUGUACUAAGUGGGUCGUUCAUGCUGGGCGCCAGCGAUCCGAUUCCAUUCAACGCUGAUGAAACCACCAUGGCGAACGCAUUGCAGCAGCUGUCGUGGCUCGGGUCGGUGGCCGUGACACGGACGGGGCCGACGGGGCAGCUUGGCUACACCUGGACACUGUCCUUUUUAACAUAUCAAGGCGCACUACCCGUCUUGCUGGCGACCAACCUCAUGAACGGCAUCGGCUCCUCCAUUCAAGUGGUUGAAACCGUGCGAGGGAACGCACUAACCGGGACGUUUCAGCUCGGCUUUCGGGGUACCACCACGACUCCGAUUGCGUACAAUGCGGCGGCGAUGGCAGUGGGUGACGGGUCGUCAAUGCAAGAAAAAUUGCAGGCAUUAAGCACCAUUGGUGCACUCAAUAUCAACCGCAUCGGGCCGGACUUUGAAGGGGGCUACGAAUGGUGGAUCACGUUUACCGAUGACAUCAAGACAGGAGGCGACUUGCCGCCCCUGACGCCGUCGAAUAUGCAGUUGGGCGCUACGGGCGCCGUGGUCAACGUCCGGGAGGUGCUGAAAGGGUCAAUGGGAUCUGGCAACCGGUUGUGGGUAUCGUUUGAUCCACCUACGUCCGACAACGGAGAUCCCGUGUCUGGGUAUGGCAUUCAGUGGGACACGUCCAACACGUUCAUAGCCAGUCCACAGCGUUAUGUUCUCCAAGAUUCGCAACUUCUCUUUUAUCGUCAGAAGAUCAUCUCGACUGCACCAAGUUUAGCCUGGUCAUCCACGCUACUUGCCGUGCAGUCGACCAUUCAAAGUAUCGCCGUGGAUGCUGCAAGUACCACGUUCACAUUGUCUUUCAAAGGGGUGACCACCUCGGCCAUCAUUGUGGGCAUGACGUCACUAAGCACCGUCCAAACGCUUUUGAACGGAUUGAGUACAAUUCAAGGCGGCGUAACGUUAAGUCCACUGGUGGGGCUGGUAACUGCCAGUACAUCCUUCGCCAUCACAUUUACCGGCCAAUACGGCCCCCAGCCAGUGUUGGUGUCGUCGGAUACCAACAACGUCGUCUCGACCGUGCAAGUGGGCGUGACCAACUAUCGCAAAGAAGUGCUCGCGUUUUCUUGUACUGCGACCACAGGAACCAUCACGAUUACCGCCAAGACGAUGUCCAAGACCUUUCCAUUCAAUACUCUCUUGACUGAGGUCGAAGCCGGACUGGAAACUUUGCUCGGGGCGCCAGCAGGAAGUAUCACCGUCACCACACCGUCUCAGGCAUUUGUGUGUGCUGCAGUGCCCCAAAUUGUAACCAUCACCUUCCAUCGAACGUACGGAGCGUUGGCUAGUGGCGUUACCGCCGCUGGAGGACCCGUCCUUACCCUAAGCGACAUGACCACCGCCGGCAUUUACGUCAACCCAGUAACCGCCAUGAGCGGCACCUUUUAUUUGGCCUUCCAGGGCACUACCACCCCCCCGUUGAACUCGCAGUCGGCCGCGUUGGACCUGCGCAUUGCGUUGGAAACGCUUCCGUCGAUCCAAACCGUGUCGGUGUCGCGCACUCUGUCCUACCAGCCAGUGACGGGCAAGGUGGACGUCCAGCAGGGCCAGCUGUACGUCACCUGUUCCUUUGGCGAAACGUGCAAUUUCGCAGCUUUGCGCUACGGCGUUCCAGGCACGGCCAUCUUGAUUGGAGGGGGGUGGUACACGGUGGUGAGCGACGUCGUGUCGGCAGACAUGCCCACCUCGCAGUUGUACUUGGGGGACAUGAAUAACAACCCCAUUGCGUACCAAGGCGACACGGCCACGGGGGUCACCGUCUACGAGUGGGCCAAAGGCUACGUCUGGACCGUCGAUAUGUUGCUGCUCGCGCCUACGGCAACCCUGAGCAUGUUGCGCCCUCGACAGGUCAAUCUCACGCCCGUCGACGGCAAAGUGAUGGUGCAAGGCGAUUCGUGUCAAAAGUGUUAUUACAUUCCAGACCAAACGACCGCGCCACUGCUCACGAUGGGUGCGACCUACUACUUGCAAGCGGAUGCUGUCAAUACGAACGGCAAAAGCCCCACGACGCCGCUGAUUCAGGCGGUUCCUCGGCAGAUUCCCGAUGCACCGAAUGCGAUCAACAUCGUCGUCGUGUCUGGCACGCAAGUGGAAGUGUUCUUUUCCCCUCCCAACUUGGCCCCUGCUCGGGUGGCGCCUAGUUACAACAACGACAUCACAGCGUAUAUCAUUCAAUGGGACACUGCGACCACAUUCAAGCACGGCCUUCCUGCCUGUCGCGUCUGCGCCACGUCGUUUACCGGAUCGGUGGUCUCAGUGUCGUCCGAUCUCACGGCCAAACUGGCCGUUGGAAAGUCUGUGACGGUGGGCAAUAUGAAUUGCGUGCUCACCAUCACUGCAUUGGAUGCUUCGACAUUAACAGUCGCACCAAACUCAUGUGCCCCAUUUCUGGCUCAAGCGUACGACGUGUUGUACUACAUUUACCCCCCCGCGGUGCUGUCGGGGCUGCCUAUCCAAGGCACUCCCCCCUAUCGCUACCUCAUCCAAUCGCUUACGAUUGCUACGACAUACUACGUCCGCAUUGCAGCUGUGAAUUCCGUGCCCGUGCAAAGUAUAGCUGUGUCGGGCUCUCCCCCAGACAACCGCCGCUGGACGUUUCCGAGUUCUGUCACGACUAACAAUGUCUUGCCAGACCCUCCAAUUGCAGCCUACUUGUACGUUAUUUCAGGCACGUCGCUGGAAGUGCAGAUCCAACCGGCGUUGAGAGAUGGCCAAGGCCUCGGUGGAGGUGCCAUCACAGCCUAUUCCAUCGACGUCGACACGGUAUCAACAUUUACCACUCCUGGCCGCGCAUACCCCGUGGACGUUCCCAUCGCAUCGUUCACGUUGCUUUACCCUGGGGGGCCAUAUACGUACUACAUUACUGGAUUAACUACUGGCACCCCAUAUUUUGUACAAGUGAAAGCCAAGACUACCGUUGGGUACAGUCGAGCUACGAUUGCCACAAACACCCUCGCCCCAACUUGCACGUCCGGGCCGCCUACGCAAGUCGCCGUAAGCACCAUCGCCAAGCUGACGACCGCGCCGAUUUCGACGGCUGUGAUCCAGUGGGGAGCCCCCCUUGCUUUGGGGGGACUCCCAUUGCGGUAUUUCCACGUUGAAUGGUGGACGGCCGCGUCUCGCGCCGAAGUGCAAGUGGUCGAGCUCAAGUGGACCUUGGCACCCACUGCGCUUUCGUUCACGCUGGCCUUCGGGGGGGCGCUUUCCGGAGGCAUUCCAUUUGAUGUGUCCCCUGCGAAUUUACGCAAUGCGCUCAUGAACAUUGGAGGAACCACCACACCGGCCGCCCUGCCGAUCGGAAAUGUCCAAGUCACUCGAACAGCCAUCAACGUCAACCAAGGGUACCAAUGGACCGUGACGUUUGUGUCGACGUUGCGCAAUCUGCCCAUGCUGCAGCUGUCCGUUGCCACGACGACGGGGGGUGCUGGAAUUCAAAGUCGCGUAUUUGAGGCGGUGGCGGGGGUCGCAGGGGGCGCGACCACUUCUCCGGGGACGCCGGAAGUGCAAGUGCUGACGUUAACCCAUCCCACAGCCGCUCAAGCCAUCACUGGAUUCUUUCGAGCGUCGUUUAUGGGGUCAUCGUGGUCGACGUAUAUCCCUGCCACGGCUUCUGCAACGUUUGUGCAGAAUGUGCUGCAAGAACUGUUCACUAUCGGUCGUGUCACCGUCAACCCCAUCACAAGCGCCAACUUUCCAGCCAAUACCAUUGCAUGGGCCAUUACGUUCAACUCGAUUGUCGGAAACGUUCCUGCCCUGACAGUCGACGCCACAAAACUCUUGCCUGCGACGUCAGUGGCUCGAGUGUACGACGGCAACAACGUCGUGUUGCCCACUGGGGCGUGGUGCACGACGCUGGAUCUUGCGUGCCAAGCCAUCUACACGUACGUUCGCAUUGGAGAACAAGCUGUGGGCUACGGCUUCUACGACACCAACGUCCCCACUGUGUUGACGUACACGGUCACGGGGCUCACGACGGGAACGUCGUAUUAUACGUCCGUGACGGCCGCGAAUGCCCUUGGCUUGGGUCCUCGGGCGGCGUCCUUUCCGCCGUCGAUCAUCCCACCCAAGCAAGUGCCAUCGCAGCCCACCAGUGUAACCGUGAAUGUCAACUACGGCAUCUCGACGCAAUUGCUCGGGUCCUGGAGCACCCCUAGAAGCGACGGAGGCUCGUCCAUCCUCAAGUACACGGUGGAGUACGACACAUCGCCGACAUUUUCCACUCGCGCGAGCCAAGACGUGUGGUGCGCGACCGCCAACAUCAAGGCCGUGUGGCGCAUCUCGCUGACCAGAGUCAACGUGGCGCAAACGGCCGCCGUGGCCCUUGGGUGGUUCAAGCUCAAACUCACGCGGUCCAACUCGAUCACAACGUCCGACCCGAUUCCGUUUAACGCUGUGCCCAUGGGCAGCGACGAGCUCGGCGCGCAGCCCGCCAUGUCCCUUGUAUACUGCACUGCCUGCGCAACUUGUACCGACACAUGCGAUGCCGCGAAGCAAGGGCUUUCCGGGUCAUUACAGUAUAAAAUCCAGGCGCUGCAAGACAUCGCGGGCGUCGUGGUCACGCGGUCCGCCCAACAGUCGGACGGCGGGUACGUGUGGAGCAUCACGUUUCAGGACGACGGCGACGACUUUGCCUUUGAGCCGGUUGCGUCCGUGCAGGCUCUCAACUGCGCCGGGGGCACCUGCGCCAACACCGACUACCAGGUGGCAGCCGUCAAGGUGACCUCGGGGGUCAAGUACCCCUCGUGCAUCGGCACCCAGGUGCUUCCAGCGACCGGCGCGUUGACCAAAGGCCAGCUCUACUAUGUGCGGGUGUCGGCAUUCAAUUCCAUCGGGUUUUCGUUCCCGCAACUGGCGCCCAACCCACAAAAGCCCAUGGUCGUGCCUGGCUUGCCCACAGGCGUGAGUUUGCAAGUGAACUCGGUGUCGUCGCUCAAGGUUGUGUUCAGCCCACCGAAUGACAACGGGGGAGACACGAUUACAUCGUACCAAGUGACGUGGUCCAUCUAUUCUGACUUUCAUGCAUCCUCAACCACCCAAGUCACGCUGCUCAGUGGUGGCGCGCCGUACUUUUGUCUCAUUCCGGGCCUCACCAAGGGACAAUUCUAUUACGUGCAAGUGGCGGCGCAGAACUCCCAAGGCACAGGAUUGGCGGCUGCAUCGUCUCCGGCGUCGUUGAAUCCCCAUACAUUCCCAAGCGCCCCAACAACUGUUGUGUUGGGUAUCACAUCGCCCAGCAUGCUCACCGUAGCCUGGCAACCUCCGACCGACAACGGCGGGGACCCCAUCAGCGGCUACAUCGUCGAAUGGGAUACGCUGGCCAGCUACAACAGCUUGAACUUGCCUCCGGACAAGAACAAGGUACCGAUCAGCGAUGUCACUCAACGGUCGUACACCAUCUCGCUGCUGACCCAAUUCUCGGCGUACUACGUCCGCGUGUUCGCUGUGAAUUCACUUGGCGCUGGAGUUGGUCAAGACGCGUCUCCCCUUCCGGGGGUGCCGGAUCUGGUACGGCCUGGCAAACCCGUCACGGUCACUGCCACUGCCGUCACCACGCCAGCCUCUGGCAUUUACGUGCAAUGGCAAGCGCCAUAUAUUCCGGACCAUGGCCUUCCGUGCUUUGGCUCGCUCAGCGCCCCCCUUCCUUGCCCCAACAUUCUGGGCGUGAGUUCCGUCUUUGGGGGUGUCCCCUUGAAUAAUUACGUGAUCGAAUGGUCCUUGUCGGCCGUGUUUCCGGGCACCAACACCAAAACAUCGCAAGGAAACAACCUGUACCUGCUGCCCGCGGACGGAUUGGUCACUGGCACCACCUACUACGUACGUGUGCAAGUGGUCAACCAGAACUCGCUGGUCAGCGCCUUUUGCCAGCGCAUCAACGUGAGCCCGUAUUUGUGCCCAGACAACCUUUUACUGUACGAUGGAAGUUACACCACGGGCGCGUACGUGACAGCUGUCAUGCCAUAGGUCUAGCAUAGUUCAUAUAGUUUCGUGAUAAUAUUAUAUUUGCAUUUUCGUUGAGAUGGC